AUGUUUUACGACUUGAAUAUUCCGUAUGAUGGCCCCAAUGAGCCCGGAAUCACCAAUACUUUGAGGUUCCUAUCUGAACUGGGAUACACCACCGUAGCUCUGUCACAAUCCAUAACGGGCAAACUACCGGCAACAAUAUCCCCUCUGCCGCCGCCAGCUAACGUGCCCGCAUCUCUCACCCUCCUAUCCCGCCUGAACCUCACCCUCUCCGACUCAACACAGAACCAACGGCUCGCAACACUAGCACAGUCCUUUUCAAUUGUGGCCAUCCGUCCCGUGAACGAAAAAACACUCUCACAGGCCUGCAAUAACCUCGACUGUGAUAUAAUAUCCCUCGACCUCUCUACACGACUACCCUUUCAUUUUAAAUUCAAAACCCUCUCCGCCGCAAUAUCACGGGGCGUACGACUUGAAAUAUGCUACGGUCCCGGAGUAACGGGUAGCGGGUUAGAAGCUAGGAGAAAUCUAAUCGGAAAUGCAGCUUCGUUGAUCCGCGCCGCGCGGGGUAGAGGGAUAAUCAUCUCCAGCGAAGCUAAACAGGCGCUUGGUAUUCGCGCGCCAUGGGACGUGGUUAAUUUGGCAUGUGUUUGGGGGAUGAAAUCCGAGAGGGCGAAGGAGGCGGUGUGUGAGGAGACGAGGAAAGUUGUGGCCAUGGCGCGGGUGAAGAGGACCAGUUUCCGGGGGACGGUGGAUGUCAUAUACGGAGGGGAGGAAGAUGCAAGGAAUGAGCAGACGACUGCUGGCCAGGGUAAGAAGGGAGGAAAGAAGUCUGGGAUCGUGACUCCAGCUGGAUCUGACGGGAACGGGGUGAAGCGUAAAGCGUCACUGGGUGGUACGGAUGGCCAGAGCACACCAACGGACGACCUGCAGUUGACGAAGCGGGAGUUGAAACGGCGUGCCAAAAAGGCCAGGCUAGGGAGCGGCACUGCAUCUCCUACACCUGGUUGA